UUGCGGCGCCCCCCCCUCCUCAGCGCCGCCUCCCGCCUCCCUCGCCCGGCAUCGCCUCCCGCUCCCGCCGCUCCCGCCAUGACCGAUGCGGCCGUGUCCUUCGCCAAGGAUUUCCUCGCCGGCGGGGUGGCGGCCGCCAUCUCCAAGACCGCCGUCGCGCCCAUCGAGAGGGUCAAGCUGCUGCUGCAGGUGCAACACGCCAGCAAGCAGAUCUCGGCCGACAAGCACUACAAGGGCAUCAUCGACUGCGUGGUGCGCAUCCCGCGGGAGCAGGGCGUCCUCUCCUUCUGGCGCGGCAACCUGGCCAAUGUGAUCCGGUACUUCCCCACCCAGGCCCUCAACUUCGCCUUCAAGGAUAAGUACAAGCAGAUCUUCCUGGGCGGCGUGGACAAGCGGACCCAGUUCUGGCGGUACUUCGCCGGUAACCUGGCGUCCGGAGGUGCCGCCGGCGCGACCUCCCUCUGCUUCGUGUACCCCCUUGACUUUGCCCGAACCCGCCUGGCAGCGGAUGUGGGUAAAGCCGGGGCCGACCGGGAGUUCAGCGGGCUCGGUGACUGCCUGGUCAAAAUCUUCCGCUCGGAUGGCCUCAGGGGCCUGUACCAGGGCUUCAGUGUCUCUGUCCAGGGCAUUAUCAUCUACAGAGCUGCCUACUUUGGCAUCUACGACACCGCCAAGGGCAUGCUCCCAGACCCAAAGAACACCCACAUCGUUGUCAGCUGGAUGAUUGCUCAGACCGUCACUGCUGUCGCAGGUUUGGUUUCCUACCCCUUUGACACGGUUCGUCGUCGCAUGAUGAUGCAGUCUGGCCGUAAAGGAGCUGACAUAAUGUACACUGGCACUCUUGACUGCUGGAGGAAGAUUGCCCGGGAUGAGGGCUCCAAGGCGUUUUUCAAAGGUGCAUGGUCGAAUGUACUCCGAGGAAUGGGUGGUGCUUUUGUCUUAGUCUUGUAUGAUGAAAUCAAGAAGUACACAUAAGUUGUUUCCUGUUGUGAACUGGCAUGUUGUUCUGUGUAGUCUAUGACAGUUCAUGGACUUGUUUGAAAACCAUCUAGUUACUAAACAGUGACUGCUGAUGUUUAUACAGGUUGGCAUGGGGCAGGGGCAACAGCCUGCUCUGUCUUUAUUCCCCUUGAUGGGACUCAUGAUGGUUUCUAUUUCAGUCACUCCUGCUUAAAGAGUACAAAGAAAUAAAAAUCCGAAACCAAUA